AGUCAGUUCAGUUCUUGGACGUGAAAGACACUUCCCGGAUCUCCAGGAGCUGAACCCAGGUCUGUGUCCGCAUUCCGCUCCUCGGCGGCUACAGCAUAGGUCGUAACUUGGAACUGCUGCUCGACCAGCCUAAUGAAACUGCCCUCGCCGAUGUGAAGAAUGAAUCAUGGGACAGCGUUACUGUGGAAACGACGAGCCUUAUCCAGUUUGAGCACUACGCGGCGUGGACUUCCCAAAACAAAAAUGUCCGAUAACGGGACGAUGUCUCGGGGCAAGGUGCUGACCAUCGACAACAUGAACCCCACAGUGAAGAAGGUGGAGUAUGCCGUGCGGGGGCCCAUCGUGCAGCGAGCCGUGGAGCUGGAGAAGGAGCUCAGUGAGGGAAGGAAGAAGCCCUUCGCAGAGGUCAUCAAGGCCAACAUUGGUGAUGCGCAGGCCAUGGGCCAGCAGCCAAUCACUUUUUUCCGACAGGUGCUGGCGCUGUGUUCCUAUCCUGAGCUGCUGAGUGACAGCACAUUCCCAGAGGAUGCGAAAAGUAGAGCAUGUCGCAUUCUGAACUCCUGUGGAGGGAACAGUAUGGGUGCCUACAGUGCAAGUCAGGGCAUAGGCUCUGUACGUCAGGAUGUGGCUCGUUACAUCGAAAGGCGUGACGGCGGCGUGCCCUGCGAGCCAGACAACAUUUACCUCACCACAGGGGCCAGCGACGGCAUUGUGACCAUGCUGAAGCUUCUGGUGUGUGGAGAAGGUGCAACGCGCACAGGUGUCAUGAUCUCCAUACCUCAGUACCCCCUGUAUUCAGCUGCGCUUGCUGAGCUCAGCGCUGUGCAGAUCAAUUAUUACCUUAAUGAAGAAAAGUGCUGGAGUCUGGACAUCGGUGAGCUUCAGCGAGCUUUGGAUGAGGCCAGACUCCACUGCAACCCCCGCGCCCUGUGCAUCAUCAACCCUGGAAAUCCCACAGGUCAGGUGCAGAGCAGAGAGUGCAUUGAGGAUGUAAUCCGAUUUGCUGCAAAAGAGCGUCUCUUCCUCAUGGCCGAUGAGGUGUACCAGGAUAACGUGUACGCUGAAGGUUGCCAGUUCCACUCCUUUAAGAAGGUUCUGUUUGAGAUGGGGCCAGAGUACUCUGAAACAGUUGAACUGGCAUCGUUCCACUCCACCUCCAAGUGUUACAUGGGAGAGUGUGGCUUCCGCGGCGGCUACAUGGAGAUCAUCAACAUGGACGAUGAUGUAAAGGACCAGUUGACCAAGCUGCUUUCGGUCCGUCUCUGUUCUCCUGUUCCUGGACAAGCGCUAAUGGACCUGGUGGUAAACCCCCCUCAGCCUGGGGAACCUUCAUAUGAGCGCUUCAUCAAGGAACGCACUGCUACCUUAAGUGCCUUAGCAGAGAAGGCCAGACUUACUGAGCAGGUACUCAAUACUGUGGAGGGCAUCCGCUGCAAUCCUGUGCAGGGUGCGAUGUACUCCUUUCCUCGCAUUACCAUACCUGAAAAGGCCAUCCAAGAGGCCAAGAAACUUGGUCAGCAGCCGGAUAUGUUUUACUGCAUGAAGAUGCUGGAAGAGACGGGAAUUUGCCUCGUCCCUGGAAGUGGUUUUGGCCAAAGAGAAGGAACGUACCACUUCAGAAUGACCAUCUUACCACCAACAGAUAAGCUGAAGAUCCUGCUGAACAACGUUAAGGAGUUCCACCAGAGGUUCACCCAGCAGUAUUCCUAAAUUAGAGCAUCAAUUUUACCUCGACUUCCUUAAGAAGAGUUUUUGCCAACCACACUAAAAAGUCUAAGCCAAUCAGAAUAUAUCUGUCUCUAAUAAGUGCCUUUUCUACAAUGGUUUCUCUGGUGGUCCCUGUGAUGAAGCACUUAUAGCCAUGCACAUUUGGACUUUUAUGGACCAGUUUACAGGGAAACUGGGGGAAAAAAAAUCGUAACUGGAAAUGAAAAAUAGACAGCCCUGUGUUAGUUUUGGUGCACAAAGUGCGGCUUCCUGUCUGUGAUGUUUAAUUUUCAAAGACUGUAAAUACUUUCUGUCUGCGUCUGGGCUUACAGUAACUGUCCUAAUGUAAAACUGAAAAAAGGCAGUACAGCUUAUGAAAAACGUUGUGCAUCUCAAGCUUUAAAUGUUUAACUGGGAGAGGUACUUCAUUCCUUCAGACUAAACUCGAUGGCAAGAAUAUACUGAAAGUCUCACUUGCAUGACAUUUUAAUAGGCAUUAAUUUUGUGGAGUUAGUAUUAAAUGUGAAAACAUGUUUUAUGAGUUUUAUGACCUUUAAAGUUAGAAAAAUAUUUUAAAUUGGGUUGUGAACUUUCUUUGCUUUUCUGUUGACUGUUUUCAAAGCUUAGUUCUUAUUUCUCAAAACACAAUUUCAGAAGAGAAUUUUUACUUAAUUUUACCUAAUCUUAAAAAACAUGUUAUGAAUAAGUUUACAGUUUUUUGUUGGUUUUUUUUGUCCACAAUGUUCAUAAUUUCACACUUAAAUUGUUUACUGUAUUGUAUGUGAUGGGCUGGAGGAGAAUGAUUCACUCUUAACAUGUCACUGGUUUAAAAUGGGUUAAAUAUUAAACACAACUAUAUAACAUUUUAAAGGAACAAUAACUAUUUUUUGUAAAGUUCAUUUGUUCAGUUCAAAGUAUAGAGACUGCUCAUAAUGAUCCAAACAGAGGUGGUUCUCCUUCAACCUGAUUUGGAUCAGAAGCUGUUGAGUUUCUCUAACAAACUCUUGAUUAAAAUUGCUGCACAGAUGGGAUUAGUGAAGCACUUGACUGACUGAGCCUCCAUUUUCAUCUCCUCCUGUUAGGAAGUGAAAGCGGUUUUCUUUGACUAACAAACCUCCAGAUAUAAGUGUAUAAUUGUUCCAUUUUCGCCCACAGUGUAGUUCACCGAUUGAUCUUUGAAGAAAAAUUCAAUAAUAAUUGUUGUUUUCUUUUUAAUGGUAAUUGUCCAAACAAUUACCAUUUAGUUGUAAACAUUUCACUGCUGAGUUUUUAUUUUCAUUAAAAAUGAAUAAAAGGGGCAAACAACUGUUCAGCAUUGUUUAAGAGAGACUUGUGGAAAGUCAUUAUUAUCCUUUUUGUUUUAAUUAAAAAAAAAACAUUUUUAAACGACUGAUUCAUUCUGCUUCUCAUUGUUGCAACUAUCAAGUUGUAAAUGUAAUUCCUAAAAGUAAGGAGUCAUUUUUCUGACCGAUUUUUGAAUGUUUUGUGAUGUGGAGCUCUGUCCAGGCCCUUAUGGUUAAAAUCUUUUGACUCUUUAUCUGACUGUAACAGACUUCAGAUUGUUUAUUCCCAGACAGUUAUAGAUUGAAGUUUUUGAGUUUUGAGCUAUAACUUUCAGUAAAAUUGUCAUCUAUACAGCGUAAUCUAACUUCUUUUAUUCAUAAUAGAAAAGCAACAAUUCUCACUGCAGUUAAGAUGGUACAACAUUAUAAUUAUAUUACUUAAAACAUUUCUUACGCAAAUAUACAUAAAGGUCUAAUAGCAUGUAUAGAUAAAAAAACAUUAGUUGGUAGAUGUGUAGAUGAUUAUUGCACAGAACAUUAUACCGUACAUCUGUGCCAUCAUGCUUUUAAUAGUUACACAAGUACUGGUUAACUGGACUCUACUUUCAAAAAAUUUUUAAAUGAACAAAUAUUUGCCAACAGCCAAACUUAUCUUUCUUGUUAAAGAGGGAAAAGUUUAGAAGCUUUAUUUCAUCUACCUUAACAACAGUGUGGAGCAACAAAUUAGAAAUGGCCAGAACGUAAUCUCGCCAUCCUCAAUACAGCUAGAGAAAACUCUAGCUGUACAUCUUACCAUACGGUACGGCAGACACAUUUUAUUAUUUUGAAAUGACUUUUUGAAAUUCUCCAUAUACCUUAAUGCUGAUUAACAGUUGUUUCUAGCCUGCAUUUGCUGUAUGUUUACAGUGUUGUUCUGUUAGAACAUUCUGUUCUCUUCAGCUCAUGUUCCUUUUGUGUAUAAUCACAUUUUCAAGUAUCUUUCAGGGUUCAAGCAUUGCAGCGGGUUUAUGUUGAAGGAUUUUAGCUUCUCUGGUUCCAGCAUCUUAACCUGGAUACUUCAGCAAACUCAUGGAUCUUGGACUCAAACCAAGGAGCUCCCAAUGUCACAGGAAUGUACAUGCUCACCAUCACUAUUCAAAAACUUGGACAAAGGAUGUGUUGGUGAGAUUAGACUUUAGAGAAACAUUUUGGUGUGGAUUCUGGAAAAUCAUCCAAGAUCAAAUGACCUCAGACGGAUGAGGCGAAAUGAUGUGAGAACAUUUUAUUGACCAAACACAGAUCUGUGUCUGUGUUAACGCUCUUUAAAAGACAUGAUUAAGGAAUAUGAAACUGUCAUGGAUGGUGUUUUAUGGCCAGAGGAACCUAAAGUCGGGCUGUUUGGGUUUCUGCUGUGUAACUUAGUUCAUAUUGACUGAGAUAAAAUUGAAUGAAUGUAAAGGCAUUAAAACUUAAGGGUCCCAACACCCCUGUACCUACUCUCCUCGCUGACUGUGACUCGGUUACUGUUUCACCAUUUUCCUUUUGCUUACAUGACAGAAUCAAGGAGUUAUUUUCAACCAUAAGCCAUUUCUCUGAUGUAGAAAAAACUCGGUUUUAUUUAAAAACAAAGAAAAUUAAAGCUUCAGAAAAUAAA